UUUUACAUUUUUCAUUACAAAUUUUGAUUUUUGUGAUGUGGGUAUUUUAGAUUUUGAGUCCCUUAACAAUACCCAUAUUACGGUUUUAAGGUCUUGUUUGAUCAAUAAAACUGGAAAAUGAAAUUCGGUAAGAGGUUGAAGCAACAUGUUGAAGAAACUUUGCCUGGGUGGCGUGAUAUGUACUUGAAUUAUAAAGAUUUGAAGAAGCUUGUGAGGUUGAUAUCUUCGUCGUUAGAGUAUGGGAAAUCGGAAGCCGAGUUUGUGUAUCUUUUGAACAAUGAGAUAGAUAAGUUUAAUGUGUUUUUUAUGGAACAAGAAGAGGAUUUCAUUAUUCGUCAUAAGGAAUUGCAACAAAGAAUAAAGAGGGUGAAUGAGAGUGAACCAUCUUCACAAGAAGAGUAUGAAGAAGAGAUGGCAAGAAUUAGCAAAGACAUUGUUGACUUCCAUGGUGAAAUGGUGCUUUUAGUCAACUAUAGCAACAUUAACUACACCGGGAUGGCCAAGAUUUUAAAGAAAUAUGACAAACGAACCGGUGGAUUAUUGCGUUUACCGUUCAUCCAAAAAGUCUUGGAGCAACCUUUCUUUACCACCGAGCUCGUCUCGAAGCUUGUGAAAGAAUGUGAAACCAUCAUCGAUGAGCUUUUUCCAACAGCGGUGAUAGCAGUAGAGAUGAAAGAGGCGGCAACCACGAUGGUGGGAGAAGGGAUUUUUAAAAACACCGUUGCGGCGUUGAUGACAAUGAAAGAGAUUAGAAAAGGGAGCUCGACUCAAAGUCAUUUUUCUCUCCCGGCUCUUAGUUUGCCGGAUACCGAACUUAUUCGAUCCUUUCAACUCAACUCACCCAUACCUACUAUAUAACUUCAUGUUUUAAUUUAUGUAGUGGUAUGUAAUGUAAUAUGUAUUAAUCCUUUCUUAUAAAUAUAGCUCUUGAAGUCUUAGAACUUGAAAUUUAUGGUGAACCACAAUAAAUUGGAAAAUUUACAGAAAUUUGGUA